CAUGAGAGUCCAAGUCACGAAACAGCCCGCGAGAUAUUUGCAUCUAAAAAUUCACAAGAACAUAAAACAAGUAUCUGGUCACAAACCAGAAUCACAACAUAUCACGAAAUGGUGGUUCUGGAUGUUAUAAUGGCCGCUGCCAUCGUGGCUGUUAUCGUUUACCUAUACGUGAAGCGGCAACAAACAUAUUGGGCCCGCCGAAAUGUUCCGCACCUGAAGCCGGAGUUUUUCUAUGGAAACACCAAAACUCUGGACCGCACCGAACAGCUCGGAACGAUAUUCGCGCGCUUCUACAACGAGUUGAAAGGUUCCGGUCCGGUUGCUGGAAUCUAUAUGUACGUCAAACCGGUCGCAGUGGUGACAGAUUUGGAACUGGUAAAGUGCAUCCUGGUGAAAGAUUUCCAGCACUUUACGGAUCGUGGUAUGUUUUACAAUGAAGUACAGGAUCCGUUGUCGGCGCAUAUGUUCAGCCUGCCUGGCAGCAAGUGGAGAUCCUUGAGACAGAAACUUUCACCUACGUUUACUUCCGGAAAAAUGAAGAUGAUGUUUAGCACGAUUGUAGCGGCGGGAAAGCAGUUCAAUGAUUUUUUGGAGGAAAAGGUGGGACACGGAAGUGAGCUGGAAUUGAAGGAUUUACUGGCACGUUUCACAACGGAUGUUAUUGGAAUGUGUGCCUUCGGGAUCGAGUGUAACUCAAUGAAGGAUCCGAAUGCUCAGUUCCGAGUGAUGGGAAGAAAGUUUGUGGAAGAUCAACGGGGACUUGUUAAAAAUGUGUUUCAUAAUGCAGCACCCGAGUUGGCGAAGAAAGCUGGACUGAGGGCGGUCGAUAAGGACGUGUCGGAUUUUUUCCUGAAUGUUGUUCGCGAAACCGUCGACUACAGAGUGAAGAAUAAUGUUAAGAGAAAUGAUUUUAUGGAUUUACUGAUUCAGAUGAGAAAUCCCGAAGAAAGUAAAAGUGGAGAAGGUUUGUUGUCAUUCAACGAAAUAGCAGCGCAGUGUUUUUUGUUCUACGUAGCCGGAUUCGAGACAAGUUCAACUCUGCUUACCUGGACGCUGUACGAAUUGUCACUGAAUCAGAGCAUACAAGAGAAGGGUCGUCAACAUGUUAUGGACGUUUUAGCUAAACACGGUGGUAAAAUAACGUACGAAUCUGUGAAUGAAAUGGUUUAUCUGGAUAAAAUUUUGAACGAGGCUCUUCGCAAGUAUCCACCGGUGCCGGUGCAUUUCCGCGAAACCACCAAAGAUUACCAGGUGCCGGAUACAAAAAUCAUCAUCGAAGCUGGGACUAAAAUUUUUAUUCCUGUUUACGGAAUCCAGCGGGAUCCAGCGGUGUUCCCGGAUCCAGAUCGAUUCGACCCAGAACGUUUUAGUCCUGAGCAGGUGCAGAGGAGACAUCCGUUCGCGUGGACACCGUUCGGAGAAGGUCCACGCGUCUGUAUUGGACUUCGGUUCGGAAUGUUGCAGGCUAAAGUUGGUUUUAUAUACCUGCUGAAGAACUACAAGUUUGAUAUCGGGAGCAAAUGCAAGGUUCCGCUCAACUUCGAUGUAAGAAGUUUAAUUCUUUCUCCAGAAGGAGGGCUUUGGUUGAAUGUGAAGAAAAUUUGUUAGCUAACUAGAUUUAUGUUCAUAACAAUUUUGAUUUCGUCACAAUGUGGCUCCAUUAAAUUAAAAAAAAACCUGCAUUAUAUCA